GCACCGGGCGAAGAUGCAGCAGCGGCGGCGGCAGGAGACGGGAGGGCGGACUGGGCGAUGGACGGAGCCGAGCUCGGCGCCAUGUAUCCCUCUGUCAACUGCUCCCACUUGGAAUUAAAACUGUCCAUCCUGGAGCUGCUGGAGAAGGCAGCCUACAAGGACCUCUGCAACGACAGCAGCCGAGAAGAGCCUUACUUUGACCCCGAAGACCUGAACAUGACCAUAGAGGAGCUCCGCCUGAAGUACUUGGGGCCUCGCCGGUCGGGGUUCUUCGUCCCCAUCUGCACCACGUACCUCCUGAUUUUCGUGGUGGGCGCCGUGGGCAACGCCCUGACCUGCCUGGUCAUCAUCCAGCACCGGUUCAUGAGGACACCCACCAACUAUUACCUCUUCAGCCUGGCCGUCUCCGACCUGCUGGUCCUCCUUCUGGGCAUGCCGUUGGAGAUCUACGAGAUGUGGAGCAACUACCCGUUCCUUCUGGGCGCAGGCGGCUGCUGCUUUAAGACGCUGCUCUUCGAGGCCGUCUGCUUCGCCUCCAUCCUCAACGUGACGGCCCUCAGCGUGGAGCGCUACAUCGCCGUGGUGCACCCUCUCAAGGCCAAGUACGUGGUGACCAAGAACCACGCCAAGAGGGUCAUCGUCACUGUCUGGGUCCUGUCCAUCAUCUGCUCCAUCCCCAACACCAGCCUCCACGGAAUCCAGACCCUCCACGUCCCCGCCCGGGGGGUGGUCCCCGACUCGGCCACCUGCACCCUGGUCAAGUCCCGCUUGAUGUACAACCUCAUCAUCCAGGUGACCACCAUCAUCUUCUUCUUCGUCCCCAUGGGCGUCAUCAGUGUCUUGUACCUGCUCAUUGGCCUACAGCUCAGGAAGGAGAAGAUGCUGGAAGCUCUGGAGGCCAAGUCGGCCAGCAACUGCGACUACCACAACAUCCGCCUCCAGCAGAAGAAAGUCCGCAGGAGGCAGGUGACCAACAUGCUGUGUGAGUCGAGGGGAGCCCAGGAGCUGCGUGGGAUUCCCAGUUAUAUCCAGCAGGGAGCUGAGUCAACAUCUUCAGGCUACUCCGGCAGCCACACCUCACCUUCUCUGGCACAGCUGGGUCUAUGCGCAGGUGUGUCAGUUCUGCACCAGCGAUCUGGUGCAAUGGAAAGCCGGGAGAGGAACCUCGUCAACAGCCUCACAGACUAA